AUGAAAAUUGCAAAAAUUCUUCGAGCGUUACUCUCCCCUCUGGUUAGCGAAGAAAACUUUUCUGAUUGAUAAUAAUCUUAUUAUUAUUCCUAUUUUUACUUAAGCUGCAUAGCUACAGAAAAGCAAAUCUAAUUUAAUUUAUAAAAUAUAUGCUAAAAGAUUCAAGCUAAUUAAAAUUUUAAAAUCAAAUUAUUAUUUGUAAAUGCUUUUGUUAAUUUUCUUAAAAAUACCGAUUUUCUAAUAGUUUUGCUCGCUAACUAAAUAGAGGGGUUAGAGACAGGAAAACAGCUGAAAAUAAUAGAUAGCGUCAUGAGUAAAUCAAAUGAGCUUUAUCUUUGCGCCAUAAUGGCAGAUAUUCAUAUGAUGGCACUUUUAAAUGGAAAAGAAAGAACGAAAGAACAAUUCGAAGCACUGCUGACUGAAACUGGAUUUAGACUUGAAAGCGUGAAUGCAAUUUCAUCAACCCGUUUCAACGUUAUCAAUGCUACUGCAAUUUAG